CUACUGGGGAUCGGGCCCACAACUGGGUAUGUGCUCUUACGGGGAAUGGAACCCCUUCGUUCAUAGGUCCACGCUCAGCCACGGAAGCCACACCAGCCAGGCUCAUGGCUUCUUUGUCCUUCCCCAGUUAUGCCUUCUCAGGACCCUGACGUUCCCCAGAAGGAGCAGGAGAAAAUGACCAAGUUUCAGGAGGCAGUGACCUUCAAGGAUGUGGCUGUGGUUUUCACUGAAGAGGAGCUGGUGCUGUUGGAUCCUGUCCAGAGGAAGCUGUACCAAGACGUGAUGCUGGAGAACUUCCGGAAUCUGGUCUCAGUGGGUAAGGCAACCCAGUUGGAGGCAGAAGAAAACCUCUGGAUGAUGGAAAGAGAAACUCAAAGAAAUGGGAAUUCCAGGGAAAACCACAUGGCUGUUCUUUCAGGCAGCAAGAAGCAGAAUGAGGUGGAGAUUCUUCAGAAAGUUGCAUUAAAGUACCUUUCACAUGAAAAGCUAUUCUGGCAAAUCUGGAGACAGAUUGCAAGUGAUUCAGCCAGGUGUCCUCAGAGGGCGAGCUCCCGGUUACUACAAGGCCGUUCUGAUCAGACUCCUGGGAGUGGGAGCGGUGUGGUGAAAUGUAAAGGAGAUGGCUCCUGUUGUGUUGAAAAUCAAGACCGUGUCCAUGUCGAGGAUGCUUGUGGGAAUAUUCACCUGAGUGAGUCACAGACUCAGAAUGGAGGUAAGCAAAGUCACGUGAAAGAUCACCUGCAUGCCUGCGAAGCCGUGAAGAAAUCACUACUUAGUGAUCAUAUUAAAAUUCACACAGAACAGAAACCCUACAGAUCUAAUGACUGUGGGAACAGCAUGAGCGAUGGCGUCUGUCAGCAUUUACCCUGCAGAGAGGAACUGCAUCUCUGUAGUGAGUGUGGGAAGGGCUUCAGCUACAACUCACUGCUUUCAAGUCACCAGACUGCACACCCAGGAGGGAAAUGCUUGGCUCAGAACUCACACCUGCUGGCUCCUCAGAGGACUCACCCCGGAGAGAAACUCUCGAAAUGUCAUGACUCCGAUGAUUGCCUCAAUAAGAGUUCCUUUCAUUCUCAUUCUGAUCAUGCAGGAGAAAAGUCCUAUAGAUGUGACAGCUGUGGCAAGGGAUUCAGCAGCAGCACAGGUCUCACCAUUCAUUACAGAACUCACACUGGAGAGAAACCCUAUAAAUGUGAGGAGUGUGGUAAAUGCUUUAGCCAGAGUUCAAACUUUCAGUGCCAUCAGAGAGUCCACACUGAAGAAAAGCCAUACAAAUGUGAAGAGUGCGGCAAGGGCUUCGGUUGGAGUGUUAAUCUUCGUGUUCAUCAGAGGGUCCACAGGGGUGAGAAACCCUAUAUCUGUGAGGAGUGCGGGAAGGGCUUCACUCAGGCCGCCCACUAUCACAUCCAUCAGAGGGUCCACACUGGGGAGAAACCUUAUAAGUGUGACGUCUGUGGUAAGGGCUUCAGCCACAAUUCACCAUUAAUAUGCCACCGGAGACUCCACACUGGAGAGAAACCGUACAAAUGUGAGGUGUGUGGGAAAGGCUUUACUCGCAAUACGGAUCUUCACAUCCAUUUUCGGGUUCACACAGGAGAGAAACCCUACAGAUGUAAGGAGUGUGGGAAGGGCUUCAGCCAGGCUUCCAACCUUCAAGUCCAUCAGAACGUCCACACUGGGGAGAAACGAUUCAAAUGUGAGACUUGUGGGAAGGGCUUCAGUCAGUCUUCAAAGCUGCAAACCCAUCAGAGAGUCCACACUGGGGAGAAGCCCUACAGAUGUGAUGUGUGUGGAAAGGGCUUCAGUUACAGUUCCAACCUUAAACUGCACCAAGUAAUUCACACGGGAGAGAAGCCAUACAAGUGUGAGGAGUGUGGGAGGGGCUUUAGUUGGAGAUCAAAUCUUCACGCUCAUCAGCGAGUCCACUCAGGAGAGAAGCCCUAUAAAUGUGACGAGUGUGAGAAGAGCUUCAGUCAGGCCAUCGAUUUUCGGGUCCAUCAGAGAGUCCACACUGGAGAGAAACCGUACGCAUGUGGUGUGUGUGGGAAGGGCUUCAGUCAGUCCUCUGGCCUUCAGUCCCAUCAGAGAGUCCACACUGGGGAGAAGCCAUACACAUGUGAUGUCUGUGGCAAGGGCUUUAGGUACAGCUCACAGUUUCUGUACCAUCAGAGAGGCCACACGGGGGAGAAACCUUACACAUGUGAGGAGUGUGGGAAAGGCUUUGGUAGGAGCUUGAAUCUUCGCCAUCACCAGAGGGUGCACACUGGAGAGAAGCCCCAUAAGUGUGAGGAGUGUGGAAAAUCCUUUAGUCUCCCCUCAAAUCUUAGAGUCCAUCUGAGUGUUCACCUUCGGGAGAAACUAUUUAAAUGUGAGGAGUGUGGGAAGGGCUUCAGUCAGAGUUCACGUCUUCAGGCCCAUCUGAGAUUCCACACUGGAGAGAAACCGUACAAGUGUGACAUAUGUGGGAAGGACUUCAGUCACCGCUCACGUCUCACACAACACCAGAAAGUCCACUCUGGCAAGAAUCGUUAAGAAUGAGAAAGGUGUUCAUGCUUCCAGUCAGGUUGUACAUCUAGUUUUUGGAGAGUCCAUCCUGGGGAUAAAACACUAAAGUUUUGAGAGUGGAAAGGGGUUUUAUAAAUAUUGCUCUCUUUUCUGAGACCAGCACGGCUAGAGAGCAGACAGGAGUCCUGAGUAUGGGCAACGGGGGAUUGAGAAAAUGAGAGAGACAGACACAAAGACAGUAGGAAAGCUGGGACCAGAUGGGACAGCUGUCCUCUGAUGGAGAGACAGGGACCCAGAACCGAUACAGCACAUUAUUUUAUACAGUAAGAUACCAGGAAGUUUUACCAAAGUUUAAGAUAAAGAAAGUAUGUGCAUUCCUGUGGCUUCUUUGUAAUUGUCACUUCUGAUACUACACUUGAUCUUAGCCAAAAGGCCGAGAAGCGAUAAUCGUCACUUCUGGAUGGGCUGGAUAAUCAUGUUUGUUCCUGGUGCCUGGCUGGGUUUAGAUAAUGAAACCCACCCCCUGGCGCCUGAACUAAAGGUCAGACUGACAGCACACCUGCCUCUGGCAAGGUAUGGUUCCAGGGCAUGGCUCUGCCAGGAUCCACUGGAUUCAGAGAUUGUCAUCUCAGGGGCCUUUCCCAGGCGCUCUCUACAGGGUUUCUUCACUUGGAAUCUAAUAAAUCCAGGAAUAGGACUGAUAUUCAGGGGAGAAAUAUGUUGUAACCCUCUUGGUAAAAUCCAGUUGAUGUAAAUGAUCUUUCAAAAUGAGUGCAUGCCAAAAAAGAAUGUGUGAAAAGGAUUAUUUGCCAUAUACAAUCUAGUUUGGGGGCUAUCAGGGAAGGUUUUGGAUUAUUUUCUCAUUAACUUCCAAUUUAUAUGUAUUUACAGUGACCAUUUUUUUAAAUAAAGUUUAAAAGGUAUGAAAAAUGAAAUGAAUAAAAUAACUAAAAAUUACCUAUAGUCAAGGACUCAUAAUAUGAUUGCUUUAUUUCAUACAGUAUAUUGGAUUAAAAUUAAAGAAUAUAUCCCCAGAGGUGAAUCUUUGCUCUUCAGAAGUGAAUUUGUGUUUGUAAUGUUCAUAUAUAUGAACAUUAAUUGCAUUAUUGAUUAUAAAAACAAACAUAGAAAUAAUCAUUGAUUGUCAAAGUGUUUUACAAUUCAUUGAUCCAGAGGAACACUAUGCAAACAUCAAAUGGGAGAAGGUAAAUUUGUUGUAAACGAUGUUGGAUGAUGUCCAGAAUAUAUUCAUUUGGAAAACAAAUCUUGGGAUUUUCAUGUGAUCACUUUUUUUUUUUAAAAAAAGGUAUAAAUGCAUUAGGUAGGUAUUCUAGUUAUCUCUAAAUGGGAUUUUGCAUUUUUUGUGUUCCAAUAAAACUUUAUAUGGACACUGAAAUUUGAAUUUAUUAUAUAUUUUCCAGGUGUCAUGAAAUACUCUUUUCAUUUCCCCCCAUCUGUUAAAAAUGUAGAAUACAUUCUUGGUUAUUUUUGUGGGGUAUUUUUGUUGUUA